AUGCAUGAGAACGUGGGAAUCUGGCGGGAGAGGUCUGAACAGGCUGAACGCUUGGUUCUGGAGCUUAGAGAGAAGCUGGCAGAGAAUCACACCCAGGUAGAAGAAACCAGGAAAGUGAUAAUAAGAGAGAUGGAGAGAGUGAGAGAAUAUACGGCCAGUCAGGAGGCUUUAGAAACACAGAAACAGUCCCUCGAAACAGAGCUAAGAGAUAAAACAAGGGAGUGUGUAGAAUUGCGGGCUCAAAGGCAAGAAGUGGAAAGAGAAAAGGACCACCUAGAGAAAGAGGUGCAGUCCCUGAGGACCUGUGUAGAAGAGAGCACAGUCACAGAGAGAAUAGUACAAGCAGACUUCGAGCAGCAACUGACACAAGUUGCUCAAGCGCAGAGAGAGAGAUUGACUGCAGUAAGCUUGCAGUUGGAGGAGUAUAAAUCCAAGAUUAGCAGGGAGCAACAGGAGCAGCUGCAGGAGCUGGAAGCCCUGAGAAAUUUCUUGUUAGAAAUGGAGAAAUGGGCUGAGACGGCACAGACCAUACAUGUGAAGGUCCAAGAAGACCAGGAGCUCCAUAAGAAUACUGGGAGAGGAAGCUCCAAGGAGGAGAUGGGAAUAGAGAACGUAGAAAAGGGUAUGAUGAUGGAGGGAUCCCCUGAGACAGAAGUGGCAAGAAUGGGGGGAGAGAGUAUCCCCAUUGUGAUCAAAUACCUCAAACAGGAAUGGAUUCGCUGGGCAAGCCAGUAUACAAAAGAAUUAAAUGGCUUGAGGGAAAAGGUAGAGAAACUGGCCAGCGAGCACAAUGCUGGGGUACUGAUAGUACCAAAAGAGGGGCAACAAAUGAAGGUAGAUAAGGGGGAUACAAUACCUGUUCAAGGCAGUGAGCCGGACAGGGGGGACCGCAAAAACGGUGAUCUAAGCUACCCUAGACAUACUCAGGAAGGCAGACAGCUAAGACAAAAGGACCAGAGUCCAGAAAUGGCAAAGGCUCUGAUGGGUGAUAGAGCCGAUAGGGCUCCCAGAGGGCAGAGAGUGGCAGAAGCCCAGAAUAAAGGGAAGGUGCAAGGGCCCAAAUUGGAAAGAAGGGGCCAGAACCCCAAGGAACUUAAGGGGGGAGGAGAUGGACGACUCAAGCUCCACCUUAAAGAAGGAAUAUCUAGCCCAGCACGACCGCAGAGACCAGUCUGA